CAGAGUUCUGAUUGCAUCACAUGUUUUGAGAGGCGUGUUUUACUCAGUAGAAUGUGGUAUUAUUGCACAGUGCACAGCUGUUUUUAUUUCCUCAUACUCUUUCAAUCCAACCUGAGGAUCAGGCUGAAACUAAAAUCCCCACUCUCUGACUGACACCGUCCCUGGCUGAGGGCGGAGCAGUGUGGGGUUUAGUGUAGGACGCCGGUGCAGACGGCAGGCUGUGCAGUCGCGGUGUGUGAGGGUGUGUGUGUGUGUGAGAAGGACAGCGCUGGUGAAGAAGCUCUGUGAGCAGAUGUUGCUGGUGUCUGGGCAGAUGUGCACCUGCUCUUUUAUCUCUGAGGUGGAGGGACGCUGGGACGUGGGCGGACGCCGCGCUGACCCCAUUAAGUCAACAGCCUGAGCGGAGAAGAAGGCCGACGCUUGACCCUGUUGCGCUCGCCUCUUCACACUCUGGAGCUGUGAUGAAUGCUGAGAGUUCUGCGGCACAAAUGAGCCUGGUUGACACCUCCCGGAGAAGCCGAUUUAAUUAGCAUCUCCUCCAAGUUCAACUACGGGAAAUAAGAGUGUGGAAACUGGAUGGAUUAACCUUGACGCUUUAGCGCUUUAGCUUUUUAAAGAAGGCGAAAAGAACUGAGAUCGAAGAACUGAGCAAGAAAAGGAACGACUUCUUGAGGCUUGACCUCUGGAAGAGAUCUCAAGGUGGUACGUCUCGAGGUGAAGGACCUAAAGCUACGUAAAGCUAUUGUGUUUUAGGACUAUAAGUUAAAGACUGUUGAACUGUUGAACAGACUGUCGGCCAAGAUGUUGUGCCAGAAGAGGAAGAAGCACACACUGGGCGUUAUGCUCUUCAUCGUUUCCUUCUCCAUGUUUUUGUUUAGCUGCACCCUCCACAACCCCUCGCUCUUAUUCAACAGAUCCCUGAGGAUCGCGGCCGGACGCUGCGCCUGUCAGCGCUGCAUCAUGGCGCCGGAGGACGACUCCUGGUUCAGCGACAAACUCAACCAUUCUGUUCAUCUUCUGCUGACCAGGACCAACAGCGAGCUCAGUAAUGAGACCUACAGGUGGUGGCAGUGGUUACAGUCAGAGAGAAACCCGGCGAAUCUGAGUGUGGUGGUGGAUAAGUUGUUCCAGGUGAUUCCGGGAGAAGAUGAUUUGAUGGACUCGAGUCCGAGCCGGUGCCGGACCUGCUCUGUGGUGGGGAAUUCUGGGAAUCUGCGCUCUUCCGGAUACGGACCUCAGAUCGACGCUGCGGAGAUCGUCAUCCGGAUAAACCAGGCUCUGACGGAGGGCUUCGAGGAGGACGUGGGCCGCAAGACCACCCAUCAUGUGAUGUAUCCUGAGAGCGCACUAGACCUGAAGAGUAACUCCACCGCUCUGGUGCUGGCCCCCUUCAAAAUCCUGGACCUGGAGUGGAUCAUUAGCGCACUGACCAACGGCAACAUCACGUAUACCUACAUGCCAGUCAUGCCACGGAUCCAGGCUAACAAGAACAAGGUGCUGGUCUACAAUCCUGCAUUCCUGAAGUACGUCCACGAGGUGUGGCUGGACGGUCACGGCAGAUACCCGUCCACCGGCUUCAUCUCGCUCAUCUUCGCUCUGCACAUAUGCGAUGAGGUAAAUGUUUUUGGGUUCGGAGCAGACCGGUUUGGUAACUGGCACCAUUACUGGGAGGAGAAUUUACUGGGCCAGGCGUUCAGACAGACGGGCGUUCACGACGGAGACUACGAGUAUAACAUCACCCAGGUGCUCUCCAACAAGGGCAAGAUCAGACUGUUUAAAGGAGUCAACCGCCCCCCUACCAUGGAGUGGGCGGACUAGAUACACACGCACUGCACACACACACACACACACACACCAAAUGUAUACACACACACCAAAUACACACACGGGUGGAUGAGGCUGAGUACUCUGCAUCUCUCUGAAAACUGAAUAUUUCUGAAUAUAUUGAACUGUGAAUAUAAAUAUGAUAGAGGACAAAUUCAGAACUUCAGCGUCUAGUUGGAAGGAAAAACUCUCUUUCUCUAUUUUUCUCUUUUUCUCAUUCAUUCAUUCAUUCAUUCAUUCAUCAUCUUUCUCUCUCUUUCUCUUUAUUCAUUUUAUAUUUAUCUCUCUCAUGCCGCGUUCCCAUGCAAACAGAAUUAUUACAUAUAUGACUUUGACCACCUUGACCAGAGCACUUAACCCUCACUGCUAUUUAUUCAUUUAAUUAUUUAUUAACUGUGACCCAUAUUGGUUUACUUAUAAGCAACUUAAACUUAUUUGAGGGAGUGUCUAUAAAUAUUUUGGACAUGUAGAGUAUACUAGAGUAUACGUAUCACGUUCACAUUACCACCAGGCUCAAAUCUGUUUUUUUUUUGCUCAAAUGUGGCUCAGAUCUGAUUUUUCAUAGCCGUGUAAACUUACCAAAUCUGUUUUUUUUUUUUUUUAUUCUCAAAUCAGAUUUAAGUCACUUUCAUAUAUAGUCUUAAACCAGAUAUGUAUCUGAUACAUGGACAUGCGACAUUAAUGUGAACGGUCAAAUCAGAAUUCAUGCGUCUUUUUGAUUUUAGGCCUUAGCAUUAGCAUUAGCGCUACCUGCUUCUCUCUCGUACCCACACUCUAUCUCUUGGUGCAGCUGUGCAGCUAUAGCUGCAAAAAAAAAAAAGAAACAGCAAAAGCAAAACACCUGUCCUUUUUCUUUUUUCACCUCCUCGACCUGAGCAUCAGUACUUCUGACCAGCUGUGUGCUGUUUGCUCUCCACUCCAGCAAAAGAUGCUCCACAUAUGAGCUGCUAACAAACACAUCCAUUUUUUUGUUGUUGGUGAAGAAGGCUAGGUUUAUACAGGUAUCAAUGUAAGCAUGUGAGGCGGAGUUUCAGGAACAGAUUUGUUUACAUUACACACAAAUACAGAUCACUUACAUUUACAGUAAAUGUGAAACGACAAGAUAGACAAAUCAGAUCUGAGCCAAACAUCGAAUUUGAGCAAUGUGGCUCAAAGUAAUGUGAACAGAGCUUUAGUGAGUAGGGCACUAAAUCCACACGUCUGUGAAUUUUGAGGGAGUUUAAUUCUUGACUUAACCCAGUCAGCCACUGUACCGGUCAGUACUUACCAGAGGUGGAAAAAGUACUGAAAAAUUGUAAUUAAGUAAAAGUACCUUUACUUUGCUAAAAGUCUACUCAAGUAAAAGUAAAAGUACUCAUCUAAAAAUCUACUCGAAUAAAAGUAAAAAGUACUCAAUUUAAAAUGUACUUUGAGGAAAAGUUACUUAGUUACUUUUAAUUAUUUGAUGUAAAAAAGUAAAAACAAAUCAUAAAUCAAAUUGUUUUUAAUGAACUAUUAUUCCACAUAAUAAUCUGGACCUUUCAGGCAGGAUUUGUUAUUUUUUUACUCAGUAAUUGGGAGUUUUCCAAUGUAGCAAAGUAAAUUACUUGUGUCAGAAUGUACUUGAGUAAAAGUAAAAUGACCUAUUUUUAAAACUACUUUAAAAAUUACAAAUUACUCAUAAAAUCUAUUCAAUUACAGUAACUUGAGUAAAUGUAAUUCAUUACUUUCCACCUCUGGUACGUACCAGCCUAUGAGGGGUUUAAAGCACUUACAUGACUUUGUGACCUGAAAGAUGGAUGUUGGAAGCACAUUAACUUCCCCUCUAAAGUUAUAACUUCUAAAGGAAAAUUCUUUGUGCUGACCUUCAGUGAUUCAGCACUGGAAAGUAUUUAUAAUUAUUUAUUUGUAUCAGUGCAGCCAUUGUCAGUGGUUGUUUUUCACAUUAUUGUUGUUAUUAUUCUUAUGUGUGAUUUUAGCUUGGCAUGGUUUCUGUUCACCACCAGCAAAAUAUAAAGUACAGCACUUUUAUGUCUCUCUCUCAAUAGGUCUCUCUCUCAAAACAUGUCUCUCUUUCUCUACAUGUCUCUCUCUCAACAUGUCUCUCUUUCUCAAUAUGUCUCUCUCAACAUGUCUCUCUUUCUCGAUAUGUCUCUCUCAACAUGUCUCUCUUUCUCGAUAUGUCUCUCUCUCAACAUGUCUCUCUUUCUCAAUAUGUCUCUCUCAACAUGUCUCUCUUUCUCGAUAUGUCUCUCUCUCAACAUGUCUCUCUCUCUCAACAUGUCUCUCUCUCUCUCAACAUGUCUCUCUCUCAACAUGUCUCUCUUUCUCAACAUGUCUCUCUUUUUCGAUACGUUUCUCUUUCUCUAUAUGUCUCUCUCUCUUUUAACAUGUCUCUUUCUUUCAACAUGUGUCUCUCUCUUUCAACAUGUCUCUUUCAACAUGUCUCUCUCUCUCAACAUGUCUCUCUCUCUUAACAUGUCUCUCUCUCUUUACAUGUCUCUCUCUCCCUACAUUUCUCCCACUUUCAUGUCUCUCUCUCUAUAUAUAUAUCCUUCCCCCUUUAUGUUUCUCUCUCUCUCUUUACAUGUCUCUCUUCAUAUUUCUGUCUUUUUUGUUCUCCAUUUAUGUCUCUACAACUCUCUCUCUCUCCUUUCUAUUUAUUCCUCUGUAUAUGCCACUUUUCUUCUCAUUUAUCUCUCUCUACAUCUUUUGCUCUUAUAUUUCCUUAUUUGUUGUUCUCUCUCUCUCUCUCUCUCCCGUGUGUGUGUGUAUGACUGCAGGUCGGUCAUGUGCAGGGGAUUAUGGGUGUGAAUGUUUUGGCACACACUAUUUAUCACACAGUGAACCAAUGACUGAAGUCCAGCCCCAAAACAACACACACUCACACACACACACACACACACACACACACACACACAGUCUUCAGAUACAUUUCACCGAGCAGCUCAUCCGUCAGAUGGUCACACACACACUGCCUGCCAAAAGUCUGCUUUAUUUCUAUGUUUUCAGAUUUAAUAUUUGAUAAAUAUUAACAAACAUUAAUCUGUGUGUAAAUAUUAUAGUUUUAGAGUCAACAGAGAUACUGUACAUACUAACAUACAUACGUACACACUAGAACACAGUCUUAUAUUUCAGGUGUCAAAAGUGCAAAACAUAUCAAAACAUACAUAUACAUAUACACACUAUAUUGCUAAAAGUAUCCUCCGCUGGCCUGCAUUGCUGUGAUUGGUGGAUAUGGACAUGAUUGGAUUAAACACCUGAGUUCAAUGAUUGGGAUAUUUUUGGCAAUAUAGUUUACAUACAUAAAGAAUUUAAUCCUUUUACAUUUUCAAGGCACUUUUGGGCCAAAAGAUAUAUUUAUUUUCUAUUUAUUAAACAAAUAAAGGGAUUAAUUCUGAAUUUCUGAACCAAGUAUUAUACAGUAUAGGCAUUUACCAUACCACACCAUAUUCACAAUACUAAACUUGAACUACAUACAAUAUAUUGCAUUCUGAAUCUGAUCGGUGCAGGAAUAUCAUUUUCAUGCAUCAGUUUCUCAAGCUUUUGACAGGCAGUGUAGAUUUACUGAUAUACUGAUAGCACACACACACACACACACACACACACACAGUUAACAAACAAGAGUCAAACAAGAGUCCCGGUGAGGAAGCGAGUACUGGUGUAAUGGAGUAAUGGAGUAAAGUAGAGUAUUUUAGUAUUAAAUCCAGCGAACUUCAGGCUCCUAAUAAAGUGCCUUCACUUCUGUCGAUGUUUGCUGUUGAUGAUGAUGACGUUGUUUCUUAAUGACUAAAUGAUGAAAACUGUGUUUUUAUUCUCACUUUUUUAAAUCCAGUUAAUAUUUAAUAAAUGUUUUCCAUUGGACGGAAUCAAACUCAUCAGCCGAUUGGCGGGUUUUCACUGAAUCAGGUGUUUUAGGUGGGGUGAGUUUAUUUUAACCAAAAUAAUGUUGUGUACACUGUCUGUGUGUAUGUGAAAUAAAAGAUGAUUAUUUUA